CCCGGUGCCUGUAGUCGCGGCUGAACCUGCAGCCGCCUCCACAGCUGCCGGGCCUGGGGACCAGCCUCCCCCCUGGCACUGUUCGGUUUCUCCAGUUGUCUUCACUGAGGAUGAGUCCCCGCGCAGCUGUGUGCCCGUCUCGCGGAGUACACCGGCGCACUUUCAUCUAGCGACUGGUCACUCUUGCAAUUAUGGAUAUUUAAAAGGAUCAGACAGUGUGGAGGGGGAGUUCCCCUCCUCACUCCCCCUUGGUGCUUGACUCCAGGAAUAAUUCAUAAACUGUGGAAAGUGCUUUUUUUUUUUUUUUAAAUAAAGGACUUGUAUUUGAUAUAAACUUUAUAGAACUAUUUAUAAUUUUUUGAUUUAAGUGCCAAAGUAAAUUGUACAAAGAUAUAUAGUUUUAUACUGUUGCCAUUGAGGAUUUAAAUUAUAAUCCUAAACAGGUCAUUUAUUCUCUAUAAAUCUUUCUGAAUAGUACCUUUUUGUCCUGGCUUUUUAAUUUAAAAAAAAAUUAGUCUUAACUGACUAUUUUAAAGAACUAAACUAAGGAGUCUAAAAACAAUUAGGAUGAAUUCUUCCAUCCCUGACUGCACAUCAAAGUGUCGAUCCCUGAAACAUGCUUUGGAUGUCCUUUCUGUGGUAACAAAGGGGAAUGAAAAUCAGAUUAAGGCCUUUCUCUCCAGUUAUUGUUACAAUGCUGCAACUAUCAAAGAUGCUUUUGGCAGAAAUGCCCUCCACCUUGUUUCUUCUUGUGGAAAGAAAGGAGUGUUAGAUUGGCUUAUUGAGAAAGGAGUGGAUCUUUCGGUGAAAGACAAGGAAUCAGGAUGGACAGCUUUGCACAGAAGCAUUUUUUAUGGACAUAUUGAUUGUGUUUGGUCUCUAUUGAAGCAUGGUGUUAGUUUGUAUAUUCAAGACAAAGAAGGCUUAUCAGCUUUGGAUCUUGUAAUGAAGGAUAGACCAACUCAUGUAGUAUUCAAACCUACUGAUCCUACAGAUGUCUACACUUGGGGAGAUAAUACAAAUUUCACCCUGGGGCAUGGAAGCCAGAAUAGCAAACAUCAUCCAGAGUUGGUGGAUCUGUUCUCCAGGAGUGGGGUUUAUAUCAAGCAGGUGGUGCUUUGUAAAUUUCACUCAGUGUUUCUAUCUCAGAAAGGGCAGGUUUAUACCUGUGGUCAUGGUCCUGGAGGACGUUUAGGCCAUGGAGAUGAACAGACAUGCUUGAUCCCUAGGCUUGUGGAAGGACUGAGUGGUCAUAAUUGUUCCCAAGUGGCAGCUGCUAAGGAUCAUACUGUGGUACUGACUGAAGAUGGAUGUGUUUACACAUUUGGUCUGAACAUUUUUCAUCAGUUAGGAAUUAUUCCUCCACCCUCCAGUUGUAAUGUACCGAGACAGAUGCAGGCAAAAUAUCUAAAAGGAAGGACAAUCAUUGGAGUAGCAGCAGGCAGGUUUCAUACAGUGCUGUGGACUAGAGAAGCUGUUUACACUAUGGGGCUAAAUGGUGGACAACUGGGUUAUUUGCCAGAUCCUAAUGGAGAAAAGUAUGUAACUGCUCCUCGUCAAGUCUCUGCCCUUCAUCAUAAGGAUAUCACUUUGUCUUUGGUUGCUGCAAGUGAUGGGGCCACAGUCUGUGUUACCACAAGAGGAGAUAUUUACUUACUUGCAGACUAUCAGUGCAAGAAGAUGGCGUCUAAACAACUAAACUUGAAAAAAGUUCUUGUUUCUGGGGGGCGUAUGGAAUACAAGGUUGAUCCUGAAAAUUUGAAAGAAAAUGGAGGUCAAAAAAUUUGCAUUCUUGCAAUGGAUGGAGCUGGAAGGGUAUUUUGCUGGAGAUCAGUCAGCAGUUCUCUGAAGCAGUGUCGAUGGGCCUAUCCACGCCAGGUCUUCAUUUCUGACAUUGCUUUAAAUAGAAAAGACAUUUUAUUUGUCACACAGGAUGGAGAAGGAUUUAGAGGGAAAUGGUUUGAAGAAAAAAAAAAGAAUUCUGAAAAGAAAGCAGAGAUUUUAUCAAAUCUCCAUAAUUCCUCAUCAGAUGCGUCUUGUGUCUCUGAUAUAAAUAGUGUAUAUGAAAGAAUUCGGCUUGAGAAACUUACUUUUGCCCAUAGAGCUGUUAGUGUCAGCACAGACCCGAGUGGAUGCAACUUUGCAAUCUUGCAGUCGGAUCCUAAGACAAGCCUUUAUGAAAUUCCAGCUGUAUCCUCAUCAUCCUUUUUUGAAGAGUUUGGCAAACUCCUAAGGGAAACUGAUGAAACGGACAACAUACAUGAUGUGACAUUUCAAGUUGGCAAUAGAAUCUUCCCUGCACAUAAAUAUAUUUUGGCAGCGCAUUCUGACUUUUUUCAGGAAUUGUUUCUUUCAGAUGGGACCUCUUUAGACUUUACAGAUGUUUAUCGGAAAGAUGAAGAUUCUGCAGGAUGCCAUCUCUUUGUGGUGGAGAAGGUUCAUCCUGAGUUGUUUGAGUACCUUUUACAAUUUAUAUACACAGAUACUUGUGACUUUUUAAUUCAUGGCUUCACACCAAGAAUAAACUUAAACAAAAAGCCAGAAGAAUAUCAGGGCACUAUGAAUUCUCAUUCAAAUAAAAUGAAUUGCCAUGAAGAUAAUCAGAAGUCGGCAUUUGAAGUUUACAGAAGUAAUCAAGCUCAUAUGGUUAAUGAAAAGCAGAAAAGCAAACCAAAAUCUUCCAGUAAAGGGAAAAGUGUUGGGGAAGAUGAUCCUGUAAGAAUGUUGCAAAAUGUUGCAAGGAAAUUCGGUUUCAGUAAUUUGAGUAGUAGGUUAGAUGGAGUCAAAUUUGAAAAUGGAAAAAUUAAUGUUAUUGAGAAGAAACCUGGUAAUAAAUUGAAGCUAAAUCAGAAAAAGUGUUCAUUUCUAUGUGAUGUGACCAUGAAAUCAGUGGAUGGAAAGGAAUUUACUUGCCAUAAGUGUGUUCUUUGUGCUAGACUUGAAUAUUUUCAUAGUAUGCUGAGUAGCUCAUGGAUUGAGGCUUCCACUUGUACAGCUUUGGAAAUGCCCAUACAUUCUGACAUACUAAAAGUUAUUUUGGACUACCUCUAUACUGAUGAAGCUGUGGUGAUAAAAGAAUCUCAAAAUGUGGAUUUUGUUUGUAGUGUUCUUGUGGUGGCUGAUCAGCUUCUUAUAACUCGAUUGAAGGGGAUGUGUGAAGUAGCAUUAACUGAGAAACUUACCCUAAAGAAUGCUGCUAUGAUACUGGAAUUUGCAGCAAUGUAUAAUGCUGAACAACUGAAACUGUCUUGUUUACAGUUUAUAGGACUGAAUAUGGCUGCUUUACUUGAAGCAAGGUCUCUUGAUGUUUUAAGUGAAGCUGUUUUGAAGGAUCUUUCUGUCUUUUAUAGAAAAAUGAUUCCAGCAAUGGAUAGAAGAGUCAUUACACCAUAUCAAGAUGGACCAGAUAUUAGUUAUUUGGAAGUAGAAGAUGGAGAUAUCUUUUUGAAAGAAGAAAUAAAUUUGGAACAGAAUUAUUCGGAAAGUUUGUUCAAGAAGGCAAAAACAAAAGCAAAGAAGAAGCCACGUAAACGUUCAGAUAGUUCUGGAGGUUAUAACCUUUCAGAUGUUAUUCAGAGUCCACCAUCCACAGGAUUAUUAAAGUCUGGUAAGACCAAUUCUGCAGAAUCUCUUCCAGAACUGUUGACAUCAGACUCUGAAGGAAGCUAUGCCGGAGUGGGUAGUCCUAGAGAUUUACAGUCUCCUGAUUUCACAGCAGGAUUUCAGUCAGAAAAACUAGAGGGGAAAAUUAAACCAUAUGUUAAUGGUAUACCUCCUACAUAUUCUAGAGAAGAUUUAAAACCAUGGGAAAAAUCACCAAUACUUAAUGUAUCUGCUCCACAGACCAUUCCAAGUAACAGAAUUGAUACUACAAGCUCUUUAAGUUGGGUUGCUGGGUCUUUCAGUCCUAUCAGCCCUCCUGUCAUGGAUCUCAGAACCAUCAUGCAGAUUGAAGAAAGUAGACAAAAAUGUGGAGCUACACCAAAGACAAAUCUGGGCAAAGUGAUUUCUCAUGGAGUUAAACUUUCUCAGAAGCAACGAAAAAUGAUUGCAAUGACUACCAAAGAAAACAGUUCAGGAAUGAAUAGCAUGGAAACAGCUUCACCUGCUCCUUCAAAAACUCCAAAACCAGCGAAUGCAUGGGCAUCUUCUCUGCAUUCAGUUUCAUCCAAGUCAUUCCGGGAUUUCUUAGAAGAAAAAAAAUCUGUUACUGGCCAUAGUUCAGGAAAUCAUGUCAGAAAAGUUUGUUUUAAAGGAAUAGAAAAUUCCCAGGCUCCAAAAGUUGAAAGUUGCUCCACUCAUGGUACCCCAGGACCAGAAGGCAACCAUAUUUCAGAUUUACCACUUCUAGACAGUCACAAUCCCUGGCUGUCUUCUUCAUUGACUGCUCCUUCCAUGGUAGCCCCAGUCACUUUUGCAUCUAUUGUAGAAGAAGAACUACAGCAGGAAGCAGCUCUUAUCAGAAGUCGAGAAAAACCCUUGGCUUUGAUUCAGAUUGAAGAGCGUGCGAUACAAGAUUUAUUGGUUUUUUAUGAGGCAUUUGGCAACCCUGAUGAGUUUGUCAUUGUGGAAAGGACACCACAGGGACCACUGGCAGUACCUAUGUGGAAUAAGCAUGGAUGCUAAUUUGCUCUGGAGAUGAAAUGCAUUUUUCAUCAGUCAUGAUUGUUAUAAAGAAGAGCUAUGGAAAAAGAGUUCUUACAAAUUUGGUAACAUCAUUCUAGAAAGAAUGAGAAAGGAUCUAAUUUCUUUAGUACAGCUUAGGUGUGUAAUGUCUGUAUGAUAAAAACAAAUGCCACAGAAUUGUGAUUUUAGUAACUUUUUAUGUAAAAAUGUGAGAGGAAAAACUUCACUAGCUUAAAAGUUUAAGUAGAAUUAUUUCUUCUGAACAGUCUGAAAAGGAAAACAUGAGUGAUUGAAGUUUAAAAUUUAAGAGUGAGGAAUGAAAAAUAACUUUCCAUUUGAGAAUUUUGGAUAAAUAAUUUAGAAGAUAUUGCCAAAUAUCUGUUGUCACUCUUUUUUUUUUUUUAAAUAUAUGAUAUUGAUCAGCUUAAAUUAGGAGCAUCCGCCAUUACUUCUGAUCCAUUAAUAGCCAAAUUUUGUGUUUGCAGUUAUAGUUUGUUUUCAUUCUUGUCUUUUGAUCAGGCCGUCAAUGUUCCAGGUUUGUUUUAAGUGUGGACUGCUCAAAUGCUGUAUUAUUUCAAUUUGUACAGCACAUUUUGCAUUAAAUUAUGAAAUACAGUGCAAAGAGAAUGUGAAUACUAUUCUGAAGCUUAGUCCAAGAUAAUGGUUCCUUUAUUAAAUUUGGAGUCAUUGUGUGUUGUUUUUUGGUGGGGAGGGGAGACCGUAUAAAAACCUGAUUAUGAAUCAAUUUCUCGAUUAAAGUUUUCCAAAAUAGAUGGUUAAUUAUACAUGCAAGAAUUAAUAGUUUUGAAGACUCUUUACAAUAUUAUGUAAUCAGAAGUUCUCUGAGCCUGAGUUAUAUGAAUAGACAUAUGCAUUGUUUUCUUUACAGUAUGAUGUUUGGUUUUAAGUGUUUAAAUUUGUUAAAAACAAAUGUUAAAUCUGUGCUCCAGUAUACUAGACAAAUUGAGAAGGUUAAUGUUCUCAUUUCUGAAACAUAAUCCUAGGAGAACAUAGGCAAUUCACUGCUGUAAUUCAGGUGAUGGAAAUAUGUCCGAAACUAACUUAAUACUUGAGGUUUAGCUCUACCUAAAACAGCAAAUUUGUAAGCAUAUGUGCAAUAAAAAAUAAUCUUGAUCCAUUUUAGUGUUAACAUGUCUUCAAUAUCUGGUACUAUAUUGACAUCUACCAUAGGAGGAAUUACUAGCCGGUGUUGUUUGCAUUGAUGCUGUGUGUUCAUUCCUUCAGUGCUUGAAAAAGGCAGUUUUCCUAAGAUGCGUCUAUGAUAAGUUUUAUAUUACGUUUAACUAAAUUGAAAAGAAAUGGAUUUUGUAAUGUUUUAUUGAAGUUGCAGUAAAGAGGCCUUUACUAAAGUAAUUGCUUUAUUUCAUAUGAGGCUUUGAUUCUUAAUGCAUAUUGGGAUCAUUAACAUUUAAAGAUGCUAUAAAGUGGUGGUUUUCACAGUGCACUCCAUGUUGCCUGGAAAGCACCCUAAAAAGCCUUUGUUGGAUGGGAUUUGAAGGAGGGACAGGGCUAACUGAGUCUGUGGGGCAUUUACAAAGCUCCACCGGAGUAUUGCACUUUCUGGCCCAUUUUAUAUAGUGAGGUGUUAUAUGAAAUUUCAUUGGGGGGCGGGGGAAGGAAUUCUUUUGCUAGUAAAGUGAAAGAUAAGCAUGCUAUACACUGUAACUUCCAUAAACAAUUCCAUGAAGAUAGAACCUAAUACUUUACCACCAAAAAGCCCAGGAAAGUGAUGGUCCCCCUCCCCACCAACAACAAUAUUAUUCUGCCUGUAGUAUUUAAUUCAUCUUUAAUCUCCUUGAUUUCAAGACUUAACAGAAUUGAAGAAAAUCUGGAUAUUAUCAAUUUAAAGGAUCAGGGAGUGAAGAGGUUUUUAAGAUUGACCAAAACAAUCGUAGAACUCUUUAACCUGGAAAGGUGAUGGUUAAUGGAAGUAGAGUGGUAAAAUAAGAAUAUUUUGAAAACUUGCAAAAUUGCCAAGUCUGCCAGUCAAGUAAAUUUUUUGACAAAAUACUAGGAUUUGGGACCUCUCUUAAAGUUCAAAAGAAGUUUUUAAAACAGUUAAGAGAUUCCUACUUUAUAUUAUAUAGGAAUGACAGAGAGAGUUGAGAAAUACUGCUAGUCAAUAUCUAGGUUUGUUCUAUAGCUCUUGGAGAUUGGGUGUAUGGGUUUGCUCAUGAUAAGGGUGUUAAUAGCUGUUUCAUAAAAUUUUAGAUCUGAAGAAGCCUAAUACAUUAACGUUGCAUAUUGUCUUCAUUUUAUUUAAAAAAAAAAAAAAAAAAAAAAAAGGCCAACUCCA